AGAUCCGGGCGGCCGAGACGAAGGAUGACUUCCCAACGAAACACAGCUGGAACUCCUAUUUCAGGGAUGCGAAACACAUGAACGAGUUGAAGGCCGGCGAGAGACCGGACACUAUCCACAUUACCGGUCUGCCAGUUAAAUGGUUCUCCGAGGAUAACGCAAGCGUACCGAGUGAGUCGCUAGUCACGAAGAUCUUUCAGAAAUGGGGCACGUUGAGGAGACUCGACGUGCCUGCCGCGGAUCGCUACAGAUCCAGAAUGCGGCUCGGUAAUAACAUUCAUAAGUUCAGUUACGAGGACGGCUUAUUUUUCGACGUGUACAUACAGUAUGUCGAAUAUAUGGAUUUUGUCAGAGCGAUGGACGCUCUGCGUGGUAUGAAACUGUUGAAGAAAGACGGCCAGAAUUCGUUGACGGCGACAAUAAAGGUUGAUUUUGACAAGACCAAACACAUGAGCGACAGUUCGGUAUCGCAUCGGGAAUUCGAGAGAAGGCGUUUAAUAGCGCAGGACAAUUUAGCGGCGGAGAAAAUUCGAAAAAGAGAAGAAGCAGAAAAGAAACGGCAAGAGGAAUUGAAAAAAAAGGAGGAAGCAGAUUCACUAGCAAAAGUAGAUCGACAACGAACGCGGGAAGAGAAACGAAAACGAAAGGCUCUCACGAAGUUUCGUAAGCAAGAAGAGGACAAGGUUUCAAUGAAGAUCGCUAGGGAAGAACAUAAGUUGAUAAAAGCUCAACGGCAGUUGGAAAGCAUACGAUUAUUAGAUGAACUGUUUGACAGAAUAAAGACGAAAGUGGAGAAGAAAGAGAUUAAGCUGGAUCAAAACAUCGCAAAAAAGAACGAAACAAAAAAUGAUCAAACAAGUGAAAAUGCUAAGAAAGUAGAUUCGGAAAAUGACAAAAAAAAUAAGGACAAGAAGAAGAAAACAAAGAAAGAUAAAAAGAAAAAGAAAAAGCAGAAGAAAACGCAGAAAAAACGGAAAAAAGGUGAUAAUUCCGGCUCAGGUAGCACAACCGAGGAAGAAUCAGAUAAAGAGACAAAUAAGAAAAAACUGAAGAGUGUCUUGAUAAAAAACGACGGUGCGACUUCGUCUAAAGAUGCUGUGCCAGCAAAUCUUCCUUAUGACUAUUCUGAUUCGAUAUCGAUGGACAGGAUACCAAUGUUGCCGUCAAUGGCGCCAUUCCAUACGUUGAGAAUGCCGAGGUAUGCGAGAUCACAGAUGAUGCGGUCGCCAAUGUCGGGAUAUUCGAUGUCGAUCCAUCAGCCCAUGUUACCUAUGGGUAGAGGUCGGGGACGAUACGAAAUGAACUAUGCGUUGGCAAAUCCUUAUUUAUAUAAUGGACAAUACUACGAGUAUUUUACACAUCUGGUCGAGCGGGACUCGAAGCAAAAAUCGAGGAUGCGUAACCGUAAUCGAAAACCGAUAAAUAGAUCUAUCUCAAGAACGAGGACCAAGUCAAAAUCCAGGAGCGUCUCCAGAUCGCGUAGUAGAAGACGCAGCGAUUCGCGCUCCAAGAGAAGGUCGAAAUCCAGAUCACGAUCGCACAGAUCGAGAUCGCGAUCGCGCAGAUCGAGAUCACGAUCACGCAGAUCGAGAUCACGAUCGCGCAGAUCGAGAUCGCGAUCGCAUCGUUCGAAAUCGCGCUCUAGAUCGCGCAACCGCCGGAAAUCGGCAAGUAGAUCGGUCUCGAAGAGGAGAACGAGAACAAGAACAAGAUCGAACUCUAAAACAAAGCGCAAGAAAUCAUCUAGAUCAAAGUCCAACUCCAGAACGCGUCGUUCUAGAUCCAAACGAAAAUCGCGAUCCAGAAGUCGCUCCAAGUCCCGCAACAAGAAUCGUUAUAGGAGCAAGCGUGGCGAGAGAUCGUCUUCCGUCAAAGUUACGCGGGCGAAAUCACGACCCACGUCACCCAGACGCAGAUCACGCAGUAGUUCUUGGUCUAUGCCAAAGUCGCCAGGUCGUAGAAGUUGCUCGUGGUCGAGAACUGCAACCGAAAAUAAUAUUAACGAGCAAGACGUGAGCAAGGAACCUGAAAAACCUGUUCAAGAAGAAGCAACAAAGGAAACGGAAAAAGAAGAAACGCAAAAGGAAGCGAAUUGAUAGGACUUAGCAUGAUUUUGUUGAAAUAUGUCAAGAAGAAAUUUUUUAAAGAUACUGCUAUAUAGGAAAUGAUCAAAUACAAACUUUUAGUAUGUUGCAAUAAUGCGAAUAUAUCUCUAAAUUCAUUGAGUGUAGAUAGAACUUCCUUCUUGUACAAAACAUGUAAAUAAUUACGUUGUAACGCAGUCUUUUCUGUAUAUUUUUAUAUUUGAACUAACUUUUGAACAAAUUUUUUAUUCUAUACAUUUACUUAGACGACAGCAUUAAUUUGAAUGAAAACAAAAUUUCGAUGAUUUAAUCAAUGUAAACUGAAAUAAUCAAUAGUGACAUAUUAAAAUAUGUAAAAAGUAUCUUCUGAUGAAAAAAAAGUUCUGUUUAUUACUUAUCGCAUUGCGAUAAAAUUCAAAGAUUUUUUAAAAAUACUUUGGAACAGAAAAACAAACGGAUAUACUCAUUAUGUAAUUGUUUCAAAUAUUUUAGUUAUCUUUAUAUAUAUGGUACAAGGUAAUUCUAGUAACUAACUAGAUUAGUAAAAUGCAAUUGCAUUUUUUUUAAAUGGAAUUAUAUACUUUUUUUAACAUAAAUAGAUUUUUUUCAUUAUUCUGUAUAAUAGAAUUAGGAAUCGGAAAGUCAAUACUUUGCUGGAUAUUACACAUUUUGUCAAAAUUAUUACAUCAAAUACACUACCAUGACAUUCUAAAUAUCUUCCAACAAAUUUUUUUA